AUGACCUCUCUCAAUAUUUCCGUGGAUGAUAUCCCCAGUCUAGAGGGGAAAACUGCCAUUGUCACCGGCGGUUGCUCCGGCAUCGGAUGGGAGUCCGCUCAACUCCUAGCCUCCAAAGGAGCUACUGUGUACGUACUUGAUCUACAUCCGCCUCCCUCUGAGAAGCACGAGGGUGGGGAGCAGCAAGAGAAGACCUUAUCGGAGAUCUAUUACCGGGCCUGCAAUGUGACUUCUUGGUCAGCACUCCGAGCAGUCUUCGAUGAAAUCCCUCAGGUUGACAUUGCCAUUGCAAAUGCCGGGGUCUCGGAGGAGUGCGAUUAUUUCGCUGACAGCUGGGACGCGGAAGGCAAAAUUGAAGAGCCUGAAUAUGCAGUUGUGGAGGUGAACUAUCGUUCAGUUCUGAAUUUUAUCAAGCUGAGUCUCUCGGCAUUCCGACGGGCAGGCAACAGAAACGGUAGUCUCGUCCUUACGACUAGCGCCACGGCCUACUCCCCGGAGCAUAGUUUGCCAGUGUAUAGUGCGACGAAAUUAGCGUUGGUGGGCCUCGUUCGUGCUUUGAGAUCUUCCCUGCUACAUCAAUAUGGUGCGACCAUCAACGCCGUUGCACCUGCUGCUACCAUUACCAGCCUUUUGCCAGCCAAUCUCGCCGCCCCUAUUUUGGCAGCCGGGGCCCCUGUAAGUAUGGCGCAACAUGUGGCUGUUGCAGUUGUUUAUUCCGCGACUGCUUCUCAGGAACAUUCGGUCGAAAGCUAUGGAAAUGAUGGACCAGAGCAACUUGGCCCCGGUCGAUGGAACGGGCGCGUUAUUUUGACACUGGGGGACAAAUGGACUGAACUUGAAGAGCCGCUAGCGGAACGGAGAGCGGGCUGGUUCGGGGCUUGGAAUACGGAGAUGACUGCGCUGCAACAGAAGUUGACAGAUAUGCGAUUCAAGGGCAUGUAA